UUUGUUUAUGAAGAGGUUGAGAACAACAUUGAGAGUGAAGAGAAUUAAGGAAAACAUCAUGGCUAGUUUAGAUAUUCCAACUAUUGAUUUUUCUCUAUUUUUUAGCUCAGAGGAAAAUGUAGAAGGGAAAAAGAAGGUUAUGGAGCAAAUGGGAGAAGCUUGUAGUAACUAUGGUUUCUUCCAAAUUGCGAAUCACGGAAUUCCUUUGGAUUUGUUGAGCAGAACCAUGGAUAUGUACAAGACUUUCUUUGCUUGCUCAGAUGAAGAAAAACUUUUAGUACCUGAUAGUUAUUUUAAAAGCACACAAAGUUCAGCUGAGACUUAUGAGCAUUUGGCAUAUCGUCUUUCAUCCUCUGGCUUCCCUGUCUGCCCCAAAAACCCACCUCAUUUCAAGCAAGUAUUGGAUGAGAUGGUUUCCCAUUUCAUAAAAUUAGGAGUUGUGUUGGAGGGAAUCAUAAGCGAAUACCUGGGUCUCCCUCCUAAGUUCCUAUCAAACUAUAAAAAUGAUCAGUCUCGGGAUGCCUUGAUCGGCCUCCACUACUUUCCAGCGACAGAAGCUGAGAACACCGGAAAACCAGCACAUGAGGAUCUUGGCUUCUUCACCAUUCUCUACCAGGAUGAAGUCGGAGGCCUUCAGGUGCACAAAGAUGACCAAUGGAUUCCCAUAGCGCCUUGCAAAGACAAACUAGUUGUUAACAUUGGUGAUGUGAUUCAGGUGCUAAGCAACAAUAAAUUCAAGAGUGCAACUCACAGAGUGGUGAGACCAAGAGAAACAAACCGUUACUCGUAUGUGUUCUUCUAUAACGUGCAAGGAGACAGGUGGGUUGAGCCAUUGCCACAGUUCACCAAGGACAUUGGAGAGUCGCCCAAGUACAGAGGAUUCCUCUUCGGAGAAUAUAUGCAAUUGAGAAUCAGAAACAUGACUCAUCCACCAGCUAAACCUGAAGACCUCAUCCAUAUAACCCACUACUCAAUUUCUAAUUAAAGGAGAAGACUAUGUGAUCAAAGUUCUUAUAUCAAUAUUGAAAAAAAAAGAGCAAUAUUACGUAUAUGCACUAUACCAAAGAGGUUUUUAGCGGUAAUAAAUUUACCUUUGAGCAGCAAUAUGACAUUUA